AACUUGCCAACGCCCCGCCGCCGCCAGUUCGCUGUUUUAUUAUUCAUGUCUUUUAGCGCUAUCAAAUUAACAGGACAGCGCAGCGUCGAUAGUCUUGACCACCUGUCUGCGUAAUGUUAUUAUAUGCAGGAUGGGGGCUCCUACUCGUUAUCGUCAUCACACCGUGUCAGUCUAGUCCUCUCUCGCAGCUUCAGGAUAUUCCUCCGCCAUCUCCCUCUUCCUCCACACAGCCCCCCGCUCCAAAAGAAAUGUCUGCAGCUGCAUCUGAAUCGGCAGGAUCAAAUCCGACUGGCUCAGGCGAUGGUCUUCGAGUCGCCCUACCUCCCGCUCUUCUUCUCUUACUUGCCUUCCUUGUCCUCAUGGUGACGAUCCUAGUAUGCGCAUGCCGCUCUCGUCGAAACAACAGAAGAAGGGAGGGGCGAAGCAGUUGGAGAGAGUUGGUUGUUGCAAAUCCGCCUCCAGUACAGCGGGAUAUGUACGUUGAUCCCGAGUACCUUGACACUUUGCCUAGAUAUUCAUCAUACAAGACACCGCCGAGAUAUUGGUCUGUUUUGAGGAUUGUGAGGAAAAUGACGUCAAGGAGAACCAUGGCUGAUACGCAUGUGGACAAGGAAGUGAACGAGGAACAGCCCGACGCGGGUACGGCGACAUUGACAAUGCCAGACGUGGAGAGCAAUGCGCCCAUGGCGGUUGGAGAGGAGCAUGGAAUAUCAAUCUCUCGGGAAGCUGGUGCUGGGGGAGGAGAGAUCUCUCGGGAGGAACAUUUGCCUCCUACAUAUCGAGAUUCGGUAGAGGCGAAUGAACGGCUCUUUAUCGCACCUGUUCCUCGUCCUGAAUAAUCAUUUCAUUAUACAUUGACUUAUUUUUCCUAUUAUAUCAAUAUAUGGCAUUGUAAAUAGCAGUAUGUAUAGCAUUGUUUUAUACUGGGUUUGCAAUAGAUAGCCAGUGCAUAACUCUGGUAUUACCAUAACAACAAGGAC